AUGCAGUGCGUUGAUGAGCUCGUCAGGCGCUAUGGCCACUCCUGCCUUUGGUGGUUUGGCCCCUGGCUUCCCAUUCUGUGGCUCUUCCACCCAGAGGUAGUUAAACCCGUGCUGCUGGAGUCAGGGUGGCCCCAGCGCCAGGAGUUUAACUACAUGUUCUACGGCUUCCUGAAGCCCUGGCUGGGGGACGGUUUGCUGCUGAGCAAUGGUGCAAAAUGGGUGCGACACCGGCGCAUGCUGACACCAGCCUUCCACUUCGACAUCCUGAAGCCCUAUGUGAAGAUCUUCAACCAGAGCACUGACUUCAUGCAUGCCAAGUGGCGCAGGCUGGUGGCAUCAGGUUCCACCUCCCUGGACACGUUUGAACAGGUCAGCCUAAUGACACUGGACAGUCUGCAGAAAUGCGUCUUCAGCUACAACAGCAACUGCCAGGAGACACCCAGUGACUACAUCGCGGCCAUCCUGGAGCUCAGCUCCCUGGUGGUGCGACGCCAGCACCGCCUGCUCCUCCACUGGGACUUCCUGUACCACCUGACAGCCGACGGGCGGCGCUUCCGGCGCACCUGUGACACUGUGCACCGCUUCACAGCCGACGUGGUGCAGCGGCGCCACCAGGCCCUGGACCGCCUGGGCAGGGAGGCCUGGCUCAAAUCCAAGCAGGGCAAGACAGUGGACUUCAUAGACAUCCUGCUCCUGGCCAAGGAUGAGGACGGCCAGGAUCUGUCAGAGGAGGACAUCGCAGCCGAGGCCGACACCUUCAUGUUUGAGGGCCACGACACCACAGCCAUUGGCCUCUCCUGGGUGCUGUAUAACCUGGCCUGUCACCCCGAGUACCAGAAGCGCUGCCACGAGGAGAUCAAGGACUUAAUGCAGGACAAGGAGUCAGAGGAGAUUGAAUGGGAGGACCUGUCCCAGAUGCCCUUCUCCACCAUGUGCAUCAAAGAGAGUCUGCGCCUGCACCCACCUGUCAUGGCCGUGUCCCGGCGCUGCACUGAGGACAUCAAACUGCCCGACGGACAUGUCCUACCCAAAGGGAACAUCUGUCUGAUCAGUAUCUACGGGACACAUCACAAUCCUGCUGUCUGGCCGGAGCCCCAGGUCUAUAACCCACAUCGCUUCGACCCAGAGAACUCCAAGAACCAGCCCCCACUGGCCUUCAUGCCCUUCUCUGCUGGACCCAGGAACUGCAUCGGGCAGAACUUUGCCAUGGCAGAGAUGAAAGUGGUGCUGGCACUGACGCUGCUGCGCUUUGCCGUGCAUCUGGAUGAGAGCAGGCCUGUGCGGCGCAAACCCGAGUUGAUCCUGCGCAGUGAGAAUGGGCUGUGGCUGCACCUGGAUCCACUGGGGCCCAGCUGUGAGAGCCGCCCCCCGCACCGCGCUCCUAGGGCCAUCCACUCCCCCCUGCUGCGGGAGAUCUAGCCUGCACCACUCAGCUCAGGGGCCUGCUGAGUGGCGGACCAGGUGGGGAUCAUGGUGGGGCCAGAGGUUAACAGACACCUGGGAGUCAGCUCUUUCCUC